CAACAUCUUUGAAAUUCUUUCUUUUCACCAUCCAAUCUUUGCCGUGCUCCAACUGCCCCACACUCAUUACUGAUUUUUUCUUCUUCGCUUCCAACUUCAAAAUGAAAUACGCUCUUUUCACUGUCUUGGCCGCCGCCUUUACUUUCGCGAAUGCCUACACCACUCCAGUCGGAGACACCACAGAGGGAAACCCAAUCAGUAAGCCUGGGCUCGGCGAGAUUGUCCCAGCUGGCUCUCCUUAUACCAUUACCUGGAAUCCUACCACUGGAGGAACCGUCACUCUCCUCCUCCUACGUGGUCCUUCUAACAAUGUUGUUCCUCUCUACCCCAUCGUUGAGAUGGCUCCCAACACUGGUACCUACACCUGGACCCCGGCCACCGACCUCGAGGCCGACGUCUCCCGCUAUGGGAUCCAGCUGAUUGACGAUGCCACCGGAAAAUACCAAUACACCACUCAAUUCGGUGUCUCCAACUCCAACCCUUACAUGGGUUCCUCUUCGUCUUCCGCUCCGCCCCUGUACCCGCUCUCCGUCCCGCCCACUUCUUCAGUUUCUACCUCAUGCACUUCUUCCCUCGUACCCACUCAUUCAGUUCCUACCUACGCCGUCUCCUCAGGCUACCCCACUGCCAUUGGUGGACUCGUCACCAGUGGAACUGUCCUCUACUCCACAUCUAUGGUCACUGUCACCUCGUGCGGACCUACAGUCACCAAUUGCCCUGGCAAGCCCUAUACCACCCCGGCGGCUGUUUGGACGAGCCCGGCAUGGAAUGGUACGGCCACCAAGCUCGCCAACCCAACUGGGUACCCUUCUGCCAUUCCUUCCACCAACGUUACCAAACCGUCGAUCCCCGUCAUUCCCGUGUCCCCGGGCGCCGGUGACAAGGUCCGUGUUGGUGGAGUCAUGCUCGUCGUCAUGGUCGCUGGGCUCGCUCUUCUCUUGUAAGACCGUCUUUUUCCAAAACCUUUAACGAACGAUUAUUUUUUCGAAGCGAGGGGAGAAGAACAGAAAUCUCGGAGAUAUGAUUUUUCUUUUUUAUUAUUAUCCUCUUUAAAAGAGAAGCUCUUGCCACGUGGAACAUGAAAUAUCUUUUGGCCCGCUGGGGACAUGGUUGAACGCGAGCAAUUUCCGGGCUCUUAUUACAUUCUUUCUCUUCGAAAAUAACCUGUCAAAUAGAGUUCUAAAGGGGAUGGCAUUUUCAUUCCGUUCAAUUCUACUACCCACAUACAUACCCUAAUAGUUCCGCAUUCGGCUUGAAUAUUUUGGAGAUUUUUGUUUGAUACAUUUUUUUUUUUCAUUUUUAUAUUUUUGGAUUGCAGUUAUUAUACCUCCUUUUUAUAUCUUUCGACAGGAGUCGCGGGCGGAUACUACGAAGUCACUUGAGAACUGGUGAUUUAAAUUAAUGAUGAAAUCUUUGUCUUUUUUUUGC